CGCCGGUGGAUCGACCCUGUCUGUUGAAGUCAACAAAAGGGUGCACAUCGUAUCUAUGGCAUCUUCAUCGCAAACUCUUUUUGCUCCCCUGCGCACACUCAAACGCACUUCUCCAAUUCCAUUGCCGGCACGAUCUCCGUCGUCGUGGAUUCCGGUGACGAAUCGAUCGAUCCUCUCUUCCCCACCGCCAAAUCACAGUAUCCAAGCAAUCGGCGCCACCCACUGCUCGAAAAGAUUCAGCUGUUUGAAGACAAAAGCGUCAACGUCUGCGAACAUGGCAACUGAGAAGAAGAAAGUACAGGUAUUUGAUUCUGAAGAAGCUCUAUCGGUGUCUCUUGCAAAAUACACUGCCGAUUUGUCGGAAAAAUUCGUCAAACAGAAGGGUUCCUUCACGGUGGUUGUGUCUGGUGGAUCUUUGAUCAAGUCGCUCAGGAAACUAGUGGAAGCACCUUACAUCGAUUCGAUAGAUUGGGCGAAAUGGCAUAUGUUCUGGGUGGAUGAAAGAGUGGUUCCUAAAGAUCAUCCAGAUAGCAAUUACCUUCUGGCAUUUGAUGGUUUUCUCUCCAAGGUGCCGAUUCCUCCUGGAAAUGUGUACGCCAUUAACGAUGCCUUAUCAGCAGAGGGUGCAGCUGAAGACUACGAGACCUGUAUCAAGCAUCUGGUUCACAACGGGAUAAUCGCCACAUCUGAAACAACCGGGAUUCCAAAGUUUGAUGUUAUGCUAUUGGGUAUGGGCCCAGAUGGACACGUGGCAUCUUUAUUUCCUGGGCAUCCUCUACUUGAAGAGAAGAACAAGUGGGUUACAUUUAUCAAGGAAUCACCAAAGCCACCACCAGAAAGAAUCACAUUUACUUUCCCUGUAAUCAAUGCGUCUGCAAAUAUUGCACUUGUUGUAGCUGGGGCUGGUAAAGCACAUCCAGUGCAUGUGUCUCUUGGAAAUGGUCAACAUUCUGAGGUUUUACCUGUUCAAAUGGUUUCACCUGAAGGAGACCUAACAUGGUUUUUGGACAAGGAUGCAGCUUCUAAGCUCUAGCUACUCAAUGUAAUGUUUUGCUACCUUUAUUUAACAACAAUGUUUUUAAACUUUUCUUGUAUUGUACCCUACAUUGGUCAUUUUAGGACCAAUAUCCCGGAGCUCUGAAAUAAAAGAUACAAAAUCUUUCAAUC